CGCCGCGGGGUGAGGGGUGAGGGGUCAGCUCGGGUCCCGCAGGAGCCGCGGCCCGAGCGUCCGCACGGCAGGCCGACCGGGGAGGGGCGCGCACAGACGCACGGACGCCGGCGCCGCCGCGGAGCAUGUGGAAGCUGGGCCGGAGCCGGGUGCUCCUGGACGAGCCCCCCGAGGACGAGGACGGCCUGCGGGGAGGGCCGCCGCCCGCCGCCGCCCCCGCCGCCGCGGCGCAGGUUCAGGGAGCUGGUUUCCGAGGCUGGAAGGAAGUGACGUCCAUGUUCAACAAGGAUGACAAGCAGCAGCUGCUGGAGCGUGGGGAGCCCCCCGCGUCCCGAGGGACUAACUUACGAUUAAAAGAGGAGUUGAAGACAGAGAAGAAGUCUGGAUUUUGGGACAAUUUGGUUUUGAAACAGAACAUACAGUCUAAGAAACCAGAUGAGAUCGAAGGUUGGGAGCCUCCAAAACUUGCUCUUGAAGACGCAGCAGCUGACGCGGGCGAGCCCGUGAGUGACCGUCUUUCGGGGCCGGGCUGGGAGGAGGAGGCCAAGGCCUCCAGCAAGUACACCAGCCUGGCGGGCGCAGGGGGCAGCUCACGCUGGAGCCUCAAGUCGGCCGGGAAGCUGGUCAGCAUCCGCCGGCAGAGCAAAGGGCACCUGACGGACGAGUGGGAGGAGCUGGAGUGACAGCGCCCCAGCUCCCGCGUGUGCUUCAACCAAAACCUGCCUAAUUUUGCAGCUUUGUAUCUCAUUUCAUUCAGAGUCCUAGAGUUUGCUGUAUCAUGGUGUUUUUCUUUAUUAGAGUAUCAAGUUUGGCCUAUCCCAGGUGAAAAGCACAGAGAAUCUGCUCCGUGCUCUUUUAUUUAGACUUUCCUCUUCAUGUGCUGAUUUAGGAAAUUCCAGACAUCCUGGGAUUUCCUGGUGGACACACACAGGGACUGCACGUCGACUGCCUUAUUGUGGAAACGUCCACUUCCUGUUGUCCACGUGUCGCUGAGACUGGAGACUUGACGUUUGCUGCUGUCCGGGAGGAGCACAGCGGUGAUUUGCAUUUUGCCACAACUGUCUUCCCAUGUCCUCAGUUGCAGUUCUUUGUUCAGUGACUUGGUCCCUUUCUCUGCAUGUAGCACAUACGUGUAGUCUGUGACACAAGAAUGUAGCAGCUGUGCAGUUCUCUUCUGUUGCCGGAAACCUGCAUUCCAGGUAUACAGUGAAUCUUCCAAAGGUUAUGUUAUAUUGUUAACUCUUCUUUUGUAUUAAAUUUUAAAAUAUGCAAGCAGGUUCAACCCUGGAGAAGGGAAGGCUGUAUCUGACCGGCGUGAAAUGCACUGUCUGCAAACACAUCGUCUCCUGCUCCCGUGAGCGUCUUAGAUGGUGAUAGUAGUUCUUAUCAUGAGGUUUUAUUUUUACUUCUUCUGAACUUUUAAAUAUUGACCUUUCUUUUCUUCUAAAACUUUGUUCUCUGUUUUUGAUUGCAGGUUAAAGAAGGCUAUAAAGCAUAGAUCAGUUUUAGUAACUUGACAGUUUUGUUUGGAAAACAUUAACUUGCUCAUUAGAGUUAAACUGUAUGUAAAACGCUGAAAGUGCCUCUUUUCUGUGACACCCAGGCCUUUGUUUUUCCAAAGGAGAGACUGUUUUGGACCCUGAGAAGGCUGGUUUGGGAGCAUCCCUGAGGCCUCUCUCGUGUGUCUCCAGACUUGCUGUUGUCUCCUUCCAGACUGGCCCCCGGGUCGGGUGCCCAGGCACGUGUGUCCCUCAGCAGGACAGCUCUGCUCGACAGGAGCGACACGUGUCUAUCUCAGGUCAUGGUGGCUUCACAGAGAAGGUAUAGGGGUUUUUUGGGUUAAAAACAAAAAACUCCAGUUACACUGUGCAUUCCUCUCUUGUAAAAGCCACUGUCCUCAAGGUGUUCAGUGAGCAGUUCUGUGCUGUUCCGCGUAAGGGGGUGUCAUUUAGCUUUUCUGUGGACUCUGGGGGGUGAAGGGGGUGACAGUGCCUGCCUGUCCUCUGCCAUUUCUCGGUCAAUCAUCUGUCGACACUCUGUCCUCUCCCAGCCAUCUGUCUGCAGUCUGCACCUCUCCUCUCACUGUCUGUGUCUCUGUCAUAUCUCUGUCGUGUCUGUCAAUCACCUGUGGCCAUCUUUUCCCAAUAGACAAGAAGUCUGCUUCACUGAGCCUUGAAAGGGGGACAUGUAAAUGGUAAAAUCCAGUUUGUGUUAGAACCUUGAAAUGGUUAAUAGCGGAGCUGAAAACCGUGUUUCCUCAGGUAAACAGUUCAGGACACAGACUGUAGUCCUUCUCCCUGAACAGAUGCUCGCGGUGACUGCAGACGAGCUCCAGGCCGUCAUCUACUCGCGCCUCACGGCAGGAGCUGUGGGCUUGUCUGGUGCUGGUCCUGUGUUGAGUGCAGGGAAGCAGGCCUCGUGCCUGAGGCUCUGGGCGGUGCGCUUGGUGUGGGGGGGGACAGCGUCUCCGCUUUGGGGGGGCCUGCGCCCGUGUGCUGUGACGCUGAGUGCCUGUGGCUCCUCUCGGUGACACGUACGUGACGCACAGUUGGUAGAACAUCUCCUCACACCAUUGCGCCUCGAAACCCGAAGACAAAAGCAGACCGGGGUUGGAAUAUGCACGUAAAUCACACUUUUCUUAUCUACAAAGAUUAAUAUAUAAAAAUGAAUUUUUUUCUGUUGUAUCUGAUUAAAUGAAAAUAACUGCUUUAAUAUAUUUAGUGGUGUGCUUUGGGGGAAAGAUAUUUUUUCUUGAUAGAAUUUACCAAAGUGACUGUUUACUAGCUGAUGAGAGAACAGGUUUGUUUGAAUUCUGUAAACACACAGCUUCUCUGUGAAGUGUCUGCUCUUCUGACUGUUUUUAACAGGAAAGUGACUGGCUUCAAAGAAGGUUGAAUUCAUCCUCAAUGCUGAGGUUUUUAAAAAUAAAAACAUGGUUUAUAUCAUCUGUCAGCUUGCCCAGUUACUGGCAUCUGCUUCCGGCGAUGUAGUCACCAGAGCGGACGGCACCCCUCUCGACACUUCCACUCCCCCACGGUGCCAGUGAAAUGUGCAGAUUCAUAAAUAAACGGCCAGCCUCAA